UACUUGUUUAACUCUAGGGAGAUCAGCCUUGAUGCCUGUUUUGCCCAGCUGUUCUUCAUCCACUCUCUGUCAUUCAUUGAAUCCUCCAUUCUCUUGUUGAUGGCCUUUGACCGCUUUGUUGCUAUCUGUAACCCUCUGAGAUAUGCUUCCAUCUUAACUCUUCCGAGAAUAGCCAAGAUGGGACUGAUGUUUGUGUUAAGAGGGUUUGUCCUAACAUUCCCACUCCCCUUUCUCUUGAAACAGUUCCAAUACUGUCGAGCCAAUGUCCUCUCCCAUUCCUACUGCCUUAACCAGGAGGUCAUGAAGAUGGCUUGUUCAGAUAGCACAGUCAACAGCAUCUAUGGUUUGUUUAUUACACUCUUAAUGGUGGGGUUGGAUUCACUGCUCAUCUUCCUCUCUUAUGUGAUGUUCCUCAAAACGGUGCUGAAAAUUGCAUCCCCCAUGGAAUGCCUGAGGGCCCUGAACACCUGCAUCUGCCACCUCUGUGCUGUUGUCCUAUUUUACACACCACAGAUCAGCUUGUCUGUGUUACACAGAUUCGGGAAGGGCUCUCCUCCUUUGCUUCAGAUUCUCCUGGGCUACGUCUACCUGCUGGUCCCGUCUCUGAUGAAUCCAAUUGUGUACAGCGUGAAAAGCAAACACUUUCGUGCGAGGAUAAUCAGGGUGUUUGUCAAGUGA